AUGUUUGCACGCGCUAGUGUGCUGUCACUCGCUUUAUCAUGCAUUGUUAGGUCCGCGGCGUUAGACUUGGAUGUUCAGAACCAGGACUCUAUCAGGAACGUUGCAAAGACUCUUGCAAAUGGUCUCGUUACGUUCUACAAUGAGGGCGUCUCCGAAUCAGGAACCCCCGGUGUAUUUCCAGAUCCCUAUUUCUGGUGGGAAGGAGGUAUCAUGUUCAACGCAUUGAUCGAGUAUUCUUACUUGACGGGCGAUACCCAGUAUGACUCUGUCGUUUCUGAAGGCAUUCAAGCGCAACUUGGGGAAGACUACACCUUCUUGCCGGCAAACCAGACUGCAUACAUUACCAACGAAGACCAAAGCAUAUGGGCUCUCGCGGCCAUGACCGCCGCAGAAUCUGAUUUCCCAAAGCCGGAAAACAGAUCCUGGGUGGAGUAUGCUGCAGAUGUGUUCGAUAUACAGGUGCUACGCUGGGAUGAAGAAAGCUGUAAAGGCGGUCUUCGCUGGGCUAUCUUUAGUUUCCAGGAAGGAUACGAUUACAAGAAUGGAGCUGCCAACGGCGAAUUUUUCCUCCUGGCUGCCCGUCUGGCUAAAUUCACCGGCAACGAAACGUAUUCUGAGUGGGCUGAGAAGUCGUUUACUUGGGCUAAGGAUACCGGUCUCAUCAGCGACGACUAUCAGGUGUAUGACGGUGCUCGUCCCACGAACGAUUGUGGCAAUAUCAACAAGAUCCAGUGGACCUACGACCACGCCACCUAUACCGAGGGUUCUGCUAUCAUGCAAAAUAUCACCGACGGCAAGCAGAAAUGGACCGAUGCACUAAAAGGCUUCAUGAACUCCUCCGAUAUCUUCUUCGAAGACGACAUUCUCACUGAAACAGCCUGCGAAAACAACGGAAAGUGCGACAUAGAUAUGCGUGCUUUCAAGGGUAUCGCUGCUCGCUCUUAUGCCCGCGCAGUCGUCGCCGCUCCUGCUCUCGCAGGGCCCCUUACCAAGAAGCUCGAAACCUCUGCCAAAGCCGCCGCCAGCGCAUGCGACGGAGAUUCUGAGGACGUUAAAUGCUCGCUAGCGUGGGCCAAUCCGGACGGUGGUAAUUGGACAGCUGCUAGUGCUAGCGACGGCAACCUGAAUGAGGUGUUUGACGCGCUGCAGGUGGUGCAGGGAUUGCUAUUCUCCCAAGCCAUAUCGAACAAGACCGGGGCUGGGAAAGGUGAUAGUGGGACGCAGAAGGGUGGUGCAUCGGGCACAUCAGGGGCUGAAGCGCCCAAGGAGACAGGUGCGGCUGGGACGAUCGCUGCGAGUGUCACGAUGGUUCUGGCUAUGGCCUUUGCUGCGGCGCUCAGCUGCUAG